ACAUUACAGGAGAUAAACAGGGCGAACCAGAAAACCCUCCUCCAAACGUCACAGAGAGCAUUUGUAAAAUAUCCGAUCCAACGCACCGACACGGUACUCGAGCCCAGCUUCGUUCACAUUGAGGAGACGAGCUGUGGUGUGAUGGUCUCUUUAAACCGAGGGCACAGGCUUCUAAGCGGUCUGUAAGCUGCUGGCGAUCGCCCGUUUUUAUUACCGCUCCGUUAUACGAACUUUCCAUCGGAAACAUCCCCAACGUUCUCUAUACGAAUCGAGCGAUCCUUUCGUUAUUCUUGUGGAUCUUUACGAGAGCAGGGAAGUCUCCUGCGGGAGUAUUCUAGGUUGCGUGGUAAUGAUGGCGGCUCUCUGGGAGACUUCCUUACCGCUAGGUCCUGUUGAAAUGAAUCGCUAGCCUGCGCCCGACCUCCUGCUGUGUAGUGUACUGUAGGCGGCGGGGCUCGCCGCAUGUAUGUAGCCGCUGUGGACCGAAGCAAAGGGCGGAUUUGUGUGGAAUUGAACGUUUUAUCACACAGUAGGCAGAGGAGGACUGCGAGAGAAUGGGCCUACUGGAAAGACUGAAAAAAGAAUGGUUUAUUAUUGGGAUCAUACUGGUCAUCACCGCAGCGAAACUACAGCCUUCCAUUGGAGAGAAAGGGGGACCAUUGAAGCCGGAAGUUACCAUAACUUACAUCGCUGUCUCGACCAUAUUCUUUAACAGCGGGCUGUCAUUAAAAACAGAGGAGCUGACAAAUGCUUUGAUGCACGUGAAGCUGCACCUUUUUGUCCAGCUGUUUACACUUGUUUUCUUCCCAUCGGCAAUAUGGCUUUUUCUGCGAGUGCUGUCACUCACUCCUACAAACGAAUGGCUUCUAAAAGGUUUGCAGACUGUAAGCUGUAUGCCUCCUCCAGUUUCAUCUGCAGUGAUCUUGACCAAAGCAGUUGGUGGAAAUGAGGCUGCUGCAAUCUUCAACUCGGCGUUUGGGAGUUUUUUGGCAAGUAUACAUAUUUUUCUCCCUUUUUUCCCCCCUUCUAAAAUGUAUCUUUAUAUGUAGAGGAACGGUAAUGCAUUGCUGUCUGUUCUAGCGUUUAUCCUAUUUGUAAUAAAUACUAAUGCUCAGGCUUCAUGUCUGUAAUCCUGCUUUA